ACGCAGCGGCUCCGGGAGAGACCUCCAAUGGGUUCCGCGCACUCUCUCCGCGUGCCGCUGCGCUAAAGGUGCGCGAGGCCAGCGCGCACGUGCCGCCACAGCCGAGCCCGUCGACGCGGAGCCCUUCACAUGUUAGAGGCAACUCUCCCACACCUGCUGCCGGUUCGGUCCGUAUCCUGCUGCGUCCCGUGAAGACUCCGCGGGGCGCGCGUCCGCCGCGCGCCGCCAUGCGCGCGCUCCCGCCGGCGUGGCUGUGCCUGGUGCUGCUGCCGCUCGGGAUCCAGUCCCUGGUUGUGACCCACAGACACAGCUGGAAGAACCCGAAGCCUCCUCCCACCAGCGUCCUGCCCGCUGCCUCUCAUCACCCGGCGUCUGCUGACGACUCCAUCGCUCAGGGAGACGGAGCGAUGCCCCGGGGGGCGGCGCCGGUGCCGUCCGACCCCCCGCGGGGCCGGCGGCGCGGGCCGCGGGGUCGUCGCCAUGCCAACGGCGGCGUCGGCAGGGGCCACGGCCGCCUGAUGAGGGUGGGCUGCGUCCUGGGCACCUGUCAGGUUCAGAACCUCAGCCAUCGUCUCUACCAGCUGAUUGGACAGAGCGGGAGAGAGAACUCCUCCCCCAUGAACCCUCGGAGCCCCCACAGCUACGGCUAGAGGCCGCACACACAAAUCCAGCCUGGCGCCGCGCGGUGUGGGAGGCAUCAGUCUGCUUUAUUCCAGCUGGGCUUGGGCUGUAAAUCGUCAGUGCAUCAGCAGCGUUAUGGUUUCAGUAGGUGGAUGAAUGAGUUACAGACUAACACCAACAUUUCAGCUUUACUUCAUCAAGUUGGGACACGCAGGACUUCCAGCGCGCGGCGUCGGCGUCAUCGGCCAGUACCACCAGUUACGUCGGCGCUGGCCCAAACCCAGAGGAAGCGCCAGUCGAAGCCCGUUCACCUGAGGGCCCACGACUACAUAGAGACGCAUGGAAGCACUUUAAACUUCUUUAUAUUCUGUAUGACUUGAAUAUUAAAAAUGUGUUAUUUAACUUUUAACCCUUUAACUCUGUGUCUCUCAAUGUACUGUAUUGAUCAGUGCAACUAAUAUGAUCAUAACUUCACAAAUCUGGACGAGGCCUCUUGUGUUUUU